CUCUUCCGAGUCUUGGUCAAGAGUCAGAGCAGCGUCGUCGCAGUCGCAGUCGCAAUCGCAGUCGGAGACGUUGACGUUGACGUAGACGGCAGACCGAAGAUCAGACAACGGACAACGUAGAUCGGAGACGGAAGGCACGAGAGAGAUGCCGUAGAUUAUUAUUGCGAAGCGCUUUUCGCCAAACAAACACGAAAAGUGUGCGCCACUAUUUUCAAAUCCCGCAGAGCGUCGCGAACUGUGGCCGGCAACGGAACACAACUCGAGUGUUUUUUCCACACACACCAAAAACUAAAAGCAAAAAAAUAACCCGAAAUUCACAGCAAACAGUGCAACACAACAACAGUCAGGCAACACAACAACAACAACAACAACAGCAACAACGCCAGUGUUUGUUCUUGUUCGUGUGUUCGAUCAACGUCGCGAGUGUUUCUGUUGCUUUUGUGCAUUUUUGUCGGGUUCCCAGAUCCGAGGAGCAUGGGAAAAGCUUGCUAAGGAUACGCCACAAGAAAAGAACAAGAACAACAAGGGCAACAACAAUAACAACAACAAGAGCCAGCACAACAAAGUACGAAAAAUAAAAUACAAAACUGAAACUGAAACUGAAACUGGAAGCUGAGCUUCAUCUUUUAGCCUGAGAGACUGCGCUUUGAUUAAAGCGCGCGUUUAAUUUCAUUUUUUACGCUACUCCAAGAAGAAGAAGAAGCAGAAGCAGAAGAAGAAGUUCUGCACACCCCUUGGAACCGCUCCACUUCCUUCGGCUCCUCCAGUGAUCGUAUAUUUGAACGGGGCUCCACCCUUCCAACUAUUUUUCAACAUUUUGCGCUUUGAUUCGCUGUUCACAUUUUGGGCCCUGGCUAACUGGCUGUGAGGCUCUUUUGGCCUGGCCUGGACGACGACUCCUUGGGCGCAGCUCAGUACGCCGCCAGCUUUCUCCGUGUGCGUACGACUUCACGCAGCAGCUGUGCUUAAACCUAAAAUAUAAAAUCAAAUAAAUAAAUAAAUAUAAAAAUUAUAAAUGUGAAAGAUUCGUCAUUAAUUCGUUGUGAUCUUGAGAUCUGUCUCUCUUGCUGAUCGUGAAUCGUCGUCGCAAUGUUUCUCCAGUUGCCCAAAUACAUCAAGUGCGCCUGUCUCACCUCCAGCUUCACUUUAUGCUCACUUCACGCCACGUCGAACUGAACUGAAAGUUAACUCAACGCAACUCAACUGAACUCAACGCUUGAUUAAUUCGCGCGUCAGCAACUGAAACUCUUUUCGGUUUUAUUUUUGUCGAUUUUCUUACGUUUUUGCUUUGCAAAAUAUUCAAAUAAGCAAAUCUCGUACUCGCACUCAUCGUGGCCGCAAUAAAAAGCCUUUAACUACCUGCCCAAAAAGCAGCAAAAAGCCAACUAAAACAUAAAACCAACAACAACAAUUCCAGAGACUGGGCCACAAUUGUUUGUUGCCGCUUUUUGCGGCUUCGGAGCGAUAUGCGGUUAUUCAUGGUAAUUGCAAUUUUAAUAUUUGCAAUGCCAAUGACGGGAUUCGGCUGGGCCGAGGGCACAAAUAUUUUGCUUGAUCCAAAUCUAAUGUGCAAAAAGACACGUCGUCUACGUGGCAAACUGGCCGAAAUCUGCCGCCACGAUUCGGCGCUGCUCAAAGAGAUCAUCAAUGGGAUUAAUCUGGGAUUCCGCGAAUGUGAGUUUCAAUUUCGUAAUCGCCGCUGGAACUGCACAGUGCUACGAAAGAGCAUGAGGAAAAUAUUAAUGCGCGACUCCCGGGAGACGGGUUUUGUGAAUGCCAUCACAGCAGCGGGCGUUACCUAUGCGGUAACCAAGGCGUGCACCAUGGGGCAGCUGGUGGAGUGCUCCUGCGACAAGUCUCACAUGCGUCGCAAUGGCGGACAACCCCAAAUGGUGAAUGCUGCCACAGCAGAGGAAGCUUUGGAGCGGCAGCAACUGCGUCAACAGUUGCCACAACAACAACGCAUCAGCAGCAACAACAACAAUAACAACAGCAGCAUGACGGAUAUUAUGCUGGGCAGGCAGCGAAAUAAUCAUAGACCAGGUGGCAGACGAGGAAGACGCAAAUUCUGGGAUAACAUCAAGUUCCCACAGGGCGAAUGGGAGUGGGGGGGUUGCAGUGACAAUGUCAACUUUGGACUGCGACACUCGAGAGCGUUUCUGGAUGCCAAGCAGCGACAGCGACGCAGCGAUCUGGGCACACUGGUCAAGCUGCACAACAACAACGCGGGGCGGCUGGCAAUUCGCGAUGCGAUGCGUUUGGAGUGCAAGUGUCAUGGUUUGUCCGGAUCGUGCACGGUGAAAACCUGUUGGCUGAAGAUGCCGCCAUUUCGUGAGAUAUCGGCACGACUGCGCGAUAGAUACGAUGGGGCACGCAAGGUGGCGCUACGCAAUGAUGGCAACAGUUUUAUGUCCGACUCGCCGCACACGAAGCCAGCGAAUAAAUAUCAAUUGGUUUAUGCCGAUGAUUCGGCCGACUUUUGUACGGCGAAUGCCAAGACGGGAGCGUUGGGCACCCAGGACAGGGAAUGCAAUGCGACGUCGACGGGUCCAGAUAGUUGUGAUCUUCUGUGCUGCAGUCGGGGGCAUAAGCAUCGUGUGGUUGCCGAGUGGACGAACUGUAAUUGCGUCUUCAAAUGGUGCUGUGAGGUGACGUGCGAGAAGUGCCUGGAGCAUCGUGAGGUCAACACAUGCCUCUAGAACUGGGAUCGGGUUCGGGUUCGGGCUCUGGUCUGGCAUAGUCAUAAACAUAUUUUUGAAAGCUUUCCAUUUCGCGUGAUAAACAACAGUUUAAAAACACACUACGUUUUGCUGCAGUCCAUUUUUAAGUAUUAACUAACACUAGUGAACAGGGUAAUACAAAUAAAUACACAAACAAAACAAAACAAAAAAACAAUUGAUUUUAGGCCGAUCUAGUUGUAAAUAAGUAUCAUUCAUAGUAUGAACCAUGUAAGCUUGUAAAUAGUUGUAAUAAAAACGCAAAAGAAAA